AUGACUGAUAAUCGCAAAUCUGUCCUGAUAACAGGGUGCUCUCCAGGUGGUAUUGGAAAUGCCCUGGCUCGAGAAUUCCAUCGCAAUGGGUUGCGUGUGCUAGCCACGGCCCGCAAAACGGCAACCAUCUCCGAUCUGAAAGAGCUCGGUAUUGACACACUGAGUCUAGUGGUUGAUGACCUCGAAAGUGUCAAAGCGUGUCGAACCCAGGUCGAGGCAUUGCUGGGCGAUAAGGGACUGGAUUACCUCGUGAACAAUGCAGGCCGAAACUAUACGGUUCCUGCCAUGGAGGCUGAACUCCACGAAAUCCGUCAGACUUUCGAGACCAACCUCUUCGCUGUCAUUACAAUGUGUCAAACUUUUGUGCCAUUGCUAAUCAAGGCCAAGGGGACCAUUGUCCAGAUUGGAUCAAUUGCUGGAAUAAUGCCCUACGUCUUUGGAUCGGUCUACAAUGCAUCCAAAGCAGCUCUGCACUCUUUUAGUGAUACACUCCGAGUAGAGUUGGCGCCUUAUGGCGUCCAUGUUACCACUGUUGUAACUGGUGGAGUACAAUCGCGAAUUGCACGCACUGAGCGUCACUUGAAGCCAGAUUCCCUUUAUCGGGACAUCGAGGCAGAGUAUGAACAGCGGGUCAUUCACAGCCAGCAUAAUUCCACGCCCCAUGAUGCGUACGCUAAGAGCGUCGUAGCUCAAGUGUUAUAUGGAUCUGCACCAUGGCGGUGGCUAUGGCCAUGGGCGCAAGGACGAAAGCUGUGGAUCUGGGAAGGUCAUGCUAGCUGGUUGAUCUGGUUGGUCUCGGGAGGUUGGGCGUGGAAUGGAACCAUCGGAUGGGUAUUGAUCAAGUUCCGUGAUAUUCGCGUCUCCCCGAGGCUUGAGCUGAGUCAGCCAGGGACGGGAGCUGGUUGGCUGCAACACCCGGUUUUACCGCGACUGCAAUGUCAUUCCGAGAAAAAGAAGAAACAGCUUUCUCCCCGAGUUCCCGAUAUCUCUCCUUCUCUAAACUCCCUCCCAAAGGGCUCAUCAUAUCUAUAUUCUCCCCUCUCCCCUCUCUUUCUUCCUUUUCUCGCCAUAAUGUUCAAGCUCGCUCGCGGUCGUCCCAUUGCUGCCGCCCUUCGGGCUGCGACUGAGUCCUCAUUCCAGUCCCGUCUGGCUCAGCAGAAGCGUAACCUGUCUAUUCACGAGUACCUGUCCGCGCGCCUCCUGAAGCAGUACGGUGUUGGUGUGCCUAAGGGUGAGGUCGCUCACACUCCUGAGGAGGCUGAGGCUGUCGCUAAGUCUAUCGGUAACGAUGACAUGGUUAUCAAGGCUCAGGUUCUUGCCGGUGGUCGUGGUAAGGGUCACUUCACCAACGGUCUCAAGGGUGGUGUCCGUGUGAUUUACUCUCCUACCGAGGCCAAGAUGUUCGCCGGACAGAUGAUCGGUGAGAAGCUCAUCACCAAGCAGACUGGUGCCGCCGGUCGCGACUGCAACUCCGUCUACAUUUGCGAGCGCAAGUUCGCCCGCCGUGAGUUCUACCUCGCCAUUCUGAUGGACCGUGCUACCCAGAGCCCCGUCAUUGUCGCCUCUUCGCAGGGUGGUAUGGAUAUCGAGACCGUCGCCAAGGAGAACCCCGAUGCUAUCAUCACCACCCCCAUCGACAUCCACGCUGGUGUCACUGACGACAUUGCCCGCACCAUUGCCACCGACCUUGGUUUCUCCGAGCAGUGCAUUGAGGAGGCCAAGACCACCAUCCAGAACCUCUACCGUGUCUUCAUGGAGAAGGAUGCUACCCAGCUCGAGAUCAACCCCCUGUCCGAGACCUCCGACCACCAGGUUAUGGCUAUGGACGCCAAGCUCGGCUUCGAUGACAACGCCGAGUUCCGUCAGAAGGAGGUCUUCUCGUGGCGCGAUCACUCCCAGGAGGAUGCUGAUGAGGUCAAGGCUGCUGAGCACGGCCUGAACUUCAUCAAGCUGGAUGGUGACAUUGGCUGCCUGGUCAACGGUGCCGGUCUUGCCAUGGCUACCAUGGAUAUCAUCAAGCUGAACGGCGGUAGCCCCGCUAACUUCCUUGACGUCGGUGGUGGUGCUACCCCCGCUGCUAUCAAGAGCGCUUUCGAGCUGAUCACCAGCGACCCCAAGGUCUCUGCUGUCUUCGUCAACAUCUUCGGUGGUAUUGUCCGCUGUGACGCUAUCGCUCAGGGUCUGAUCAACGUUGUUAACGAGAUGGGCCUGCGCACCCCCAUCAUUGCCCGUCUCCAGGGUACUAACAUGGAGCAGGCUCACAAGCUGAUCAACGAGUCUGGUCUUAAGAUUUUCUCCAUUGAGGACCUCCAGACCGCCGCUGAGAAGUCCGUCCAGUUCUCCAAGGUCGUCAAGAUGGCCCGCGAGAUCGACGUUGGUGUUGAGUUCACUCUGGGCAUCUAA